AUGUAGAUUUAUUAAGUCGAUAAGGUAAAUAAGAUCCAAAAUUCUUAUGAGAAUGCAAUAGAAAAGCCAUAUCUAUACUGCUUUAAAAAGAAAGUAGCAAGAAAGUAGGAACUUAGGUCAGUUUACGCAGGAAUACCUGAUAAUUAGGUUUGCAAUAAUAGGAUUUAGACAUCAAAAUACAAUUAUUUAACCUUCAUUCCUAAGAAUUUACUAGUUUAGUUUAGCAAACUCGCAAAUAUAUACUUUAUUAUUAUUGGUAUUUGUCAAAUCAUACCUUAAAUUACUACUACUGAUGGAAAGCCUCUCGUUUAUACUCCUUUAGGCAUAAUUAUUUUUAUAAGUAUGGUAAAGGAUUUUAUCGAAGAUAGAAAAAGGAGAAAACAAGAUGAAUAUGAAAAUAAAUCUUUAACAAACAGGUUUAAUGCUUCGUCCGGGGAAUUUGAAAAAGUAGCAUGGGAAGAACUUACAAUUGGCGAUAUUAUUAAAGUUGACUUAAAUGAGCGAUUUCCUGCUGACAUUUUGAUUCUUUCUACUACUAAUCAAUAUGGAAAUUGUUAUGUUGAGACCAAAAAUUUAGAUGGAGAAACAAAUUUAAAGCUGAGACAGAGUUGUGCAUCUCUCAUUUUUACUGAUGAAAAUGCUGUUAAGAAUGUAAACAAUAUUGGGAGAUUUUAAUUUUAAUAUGAAGACCCAAAUUAUCGCAUACACAGUUUCAAUGGAAUAAUGAUGGAUGAACAAGAGAAAGAUCCUUCAAAAAGCAAAUAUCCUCUUUCUUUGUAAAAUAUAUGCUUGAGAGGAUGCACUCUUAAACGUACUCACUCGAUUACAGCUGUUGUUAUAUAUUCUGGACACGAUUGCAAGUCUUUGAAAUAUGCCUAAAGAGGACACUAUAAAUUUGGCACAGUUGAAAAGAUGAUGAACAAAAUGGUUUUUUAUAUUUUCUUGAUCCUUAUAUUAAUAAGCAUAUUCUGUGCUGCUUAUUAUGUGAUUUGGUAUAGCUACAAAAAAGACGAACUUACUUACCUUCAUAUAGGAGAACAUGACAUUGAGUCUUACCCUGCAGGAGAUUUCUUUCUCAGAAUUCCAAUGUGGGUUUUACUCCUAAGUAACUUUGUUCCCAUAUCGCUUCUAGUAACUCUUGAAAUUGUGAAGUAUCUCCAAGGAUAGCUGUUAACAAGAGACAAAAAUUUUGUAAAUAAAUUAAGUGACGAACUAGUAGAAGUAAAUAGUAGUAAUUUGAUAGAUUAGCUUGGACAAGUCAGGUACAUCCUCACUGAUAAAACAGGUACGUUGACUGGAAAUGUUAUGAAAUUCAAAGCAUUAUCUGUCAAUAGCAACUCUUACGAGCAUACUGCAUAUGACGAUAAUGGAAUUCUUAAUAGUACAAAGUUGCUUGAGUAAUUAAAGGAUUCAUCAGAAAAUCAACUUGAAUAUGAAGCUCUUCUAUGCAUGAAUUUAUGCCAUGAAUUGAUGAUCGAGUUCGUUGAUGGUAAAAAACUCUAUCUAGGAACAAGCCCUGAUGAAGAAUGCAUUAUGGAAUUUUGCUUAAAUACAGGAAUAUAUUUAGAUAGUAUUGAUGAACAUAAAGUUAUGACUAUUAUAGAUUCUAUCAAUGGAAGAACCAUACAAUUUAAGCUUAUUGCUAUUCAUGAGUAUCGCUCAGAGUUAAGGAAAAUGUCAGUUCUAGUGUAGAAUCUAUAGACAAAGCAAUAUAAAAUAUAUUAAAAAGGAGCUAUGAAUACAAUUUUCGACAUUUGUUCAGAAGAUUAAUCUUUUAAAAAGGUGAAAGUUGAGGAGCAUCUUAAUGAUUACGCAAACAACAUGCUCAGAACUCUUUGUCUUUCUUAUAAAAACCUAACUGAAAAAGAAGUUUCUGAUUUUUUGCAAAAGAAAAAUGAAGAACUAAGUAAAGGAAACCUAAAUAUCUAAGAUAUAAAUGAUUAAGUUUUUUCUUUAAUUGAAAAAAAUCACAUUUUGAUUGGUGGAACUGGUGUGAAUGAUGAAUUCGCUGACCAAGUAGUUUCAACACUUGCUAAUCUAAAGAAAGCAGGAAUAAAAAUCUGGAUGAUCACUGGAGACAAAAAAGAAACAGCGCUUAGCAUUGGAAUAAAAUCCAACAUAGUAGAAAAAGAUGGUGACUUACAAGUAAUUGAAGAAGGAGUUGAAAAUGGGUAAAAUGAUAAUUUUACUAUUGAGUAGCUUAAAAAAUAUAAAAAAUAAUUGUAAGAUUAAAAAAAACUCAGCAUUGGUAUUUCUGGAUUAACUUAUCAUAAUAUCCACAUUUCAUAGAAUGCAGAGCUUAUUGAAAACUUCAAUUUUGUCAUGAAAAAUGCUGAUUCAGUGAUAGCCUUCCAUUUCACUCCUAUUCAGAAAAAGCAAUUAGUUGAUUUAGUCCAUUAAAUAAGUCCAGGAUAGUGCGUUCUAUCGAUUGGCGAUGGUGCUAAUGACAUCAAUAUGAUCUAAGCAGCUAACGUAGGAAUAGGAAUUCGUGGUAAAGAGGGAAGAGAAGCAGCUAAGGCUUCUGAUUUCUCUCUCGCAGAAUUCAAACAUUUAAAUAGAUUAUUGCUAUACACUGGCUAAGAAGCUUACAGAAAAAAUAGUUACCUAAUAUUCUUUAACUUUUAUAAAAAUUAAGCUUGGAAUUUAGUUUACUUUUGGUUUAAUUUUUAUGCUGGUUAGAGUGCCCAAUAUGUUUAUGAUUAGUGGAUGACAUAAUUUUUUAAUUUGUUCUAUGUCUCUCUUCCUAUUAUAUUAUAUGCUCUUUUCGAUGAAAUGCAUCCUUCAAACGAGUUCUUUUAACCAAUCUAAACAAGAAAGAAUGUUUUAGAGUCAAGGCCCCAAGAUUACAAACACCUUACUAACAACCUUAUCUUUCAACAAAAAAACUUUUGGAGUUGGUUUUUCUACGGUUCCUUGCAUUCCCUCAUAAUUAUGUUUCUAUCAUUUUUAAGUGUUGGUGAAUUCUCUGAUAAAAAUGGUAAAUAAACAAACUUAUUUUACUAAGGUAUGCUAGCUUAUACUUGUUGUGUUAUUUUAGGAAACCUAAAAGUUUAGUAAUUACAUAGAACACAUCACUUUGUUACUUUGUUUUUUAUUUAUGGUAGCAUUGGUUUUUAUUUUAUGAAUCUCUACAUAGCAAAUAAAAUAACUACCUUAGAUUGUUAUGGAGUUAUAAAUGGCUUAUUCCGUUAAGCAAAUACAUAUUUUGCAAUAAUGAUUAUGAUUAUGAUAACUUAUGGAAUUGAUUCUGCGUAUGAAAUAUUUAAUAAAUCAAGAAAUAAUGCAGAUUAGCAAUAAAACACCUAAUUUUCUCUACAGAUGCAAGUCUAUCAAGGUUAGAAAGAAAACAAUAUAAUUGUUUAUGAUAAAUCAUCAUAAUAAGGUUCAGAUUAAAAUUGCAUAGAAGAAAAAGCUAAAAAAGACUAUGAUAGCUCUUCUGCAGGAGAUAUUAACAAAAAUCUUCUAAUUUAUCCAUUAAAAGUUUAAAUAAAAGAUAAUAUACUACAUGAUAAUUUAGCUGGAAGUAAUUAUUAAUUAGAAGAAGACUAACCCUAUGAUAACGAAGUAUCUAACAAAAAUAAGAAAAAAUAAGUAUUAUCUUAGGCUCCCUUAUAAAACAAGUAGGCUUCUCCAUCUUUGUUAAUUUAAAAAGCUGAUAAAAAAUGA